UUGUAAAAUUUAUCAAAGAAGUAUAUGAUAAAAGUAAAGAUAAAAAUUCAUUGUUAGAAGUAUUUUAUUUGAAUUGGGUUCUUGGUAAAGAUGAAAAAUAUUUUUUGAAUAAGAAAUUUACAAAAAAAAAGAUAAAUGAAGUAAAUAAUUUAGUAAAAGAUAUUAACAAUUAUCUUUAUGAAGAACCACGUAAAAAAGCGAUGAUGAAUCAAGAACGAUUAGAAAAAAAUAAAAAAUUUAAAAAAUUACAGAAGAUUGAUAUAAUUAAAAGUGUUGAUUUAGUAAUGAUUGAAUAUAAAAAUUUAUUAGCUAAUAUUUUAGAAAUUAUAGUAGAAAAUAUCAAUACAAUACAAGAUUCUUUAAAUCAAUUGGGUUUAUUAUAUAAAACUGAACGUGAUAAAAAGAAUUUUUUAAAUAUAAUUACUGAAGUAUUAGUAAAUGGAAAAGAUGUAGAAGAAAUUAAUGAUAAUAAUAUAAAAGAA